GCCACUUGAUAUCGACGUCACCGCGUCAGUCAUGUAAGAAAAUUUCGAAAUGCACCUAGCAUCGCUAUUAUGAAUGCUACAUAAAACUGCAACUUCUCUCGCUUAAGGGUUAAUCCUUUGAGAGUGAUGUACUCUUGAUUAAGAGAUUGUGGUUAAUAAGAAAUAGAUUUAAAAAAAUAAGAACAAGAGACCUUGUAUCACAUAACCAAAAGGUAGAUUUGAAGGUUAGAUCUUUCAACAAAAGAGCAUUCUUAAAAAAAAAAAUCUGAUAAAUUGUUAUGUUAUCCAGAGUGAUUGUUAAUACUAUUAGAAGAUCAGUAUGGCACAAUGCACGUAUACUUUGUUGCCCACGAGAACUUUUGCAUUCAGAUUUCUCAUUGUGCAACAGCGAUAUAAAGUCACAAAGUGUACAAAAUCAUUGUAACUUGUAUAUAGCAAAAAGAUUUAAGUCCAGGAAAAAAACUGCUGACACUAAGAAAAGCAAGGAUGAGGAUUCUGACGAGGAAAAAGAGGAAAAUAGUGAUGAUGAGAACGAAGCUCCUCCAGGUUCAAAAGUGAUUAAAAUAAAGGUAUCUUCUCUGCGAUUAGAUACUAUUGUUAAAGUUGGAUUGAAAAUGUCUCGUAGUAAAGUCGAGGAAGCCUUUUACAAUAGUAGAUUUCACAUAAAUGGAAACAAAGUGUUGAAAAAAUCUAAAGAGGUGGAAAUAGGAGACGAAAUCGACAUUGUUUUACAUCAAAAUGUGAAUAAUCCCAGCAUGCUGUUUGUAAACAGGAUUGUAAUAUUAUCAAUAGACCCUGCAAGUGGAGGUGCACAAAUUAAAUUAUCUCUAGAUAAGAACUUGCUAAUUGAAAAUUAUGAGGAUUCCUAUGGGGAUUUGUAAUCUGUAUAGAUUAACUUUUUGGCUCUAAUAAAAUUGUAUAUAAUAAAGAUAUUAACUGUAUUUGAAUAAUUACAAUUUAA